CUCAAGAACACUUCUCGAAGCUACCGAUCUAGUCCUACUCUAGAUAGUGUUGAUCAGUGCUCGUUUAGUGCGAGCAAGCUCCUCGGAGGUGGAGAUGUCGAAGGCGAGCCACCUGAGCGGGAUGACGGCGCCUUUGGAGAUGUCGGUGGAGGCAGGGAACCGGGGAGACGCAGCGUGGCUGGACGACGACGGGCGGCCGCGGCGGACGGGCACGGUGUGGACGGCGAGCGCGCACAUCAUCACGGCUGUGAUCGGGUCCGGCGUGCUGUCGCUGGCAUGGGCGAUCGCGCAGCUGGGCUGGGGUGCGGGCCCCGCCGUGAUGCUGCUCUUCGCCGGAGUCAUCUACUACACCUCCACGCUGCUCGCCGAGUGCUACCGGUCGGGCGACCCCAUGGCGGGCAAGCGCAACUACACCUACAUGGACGCCGUCCGCGCCAGCCUCGGCGGCGCCAAGGUCAGGCUCUGCGGCGUCAUCCAGUACGCAAACCUCUUCGGCGUCGCCAUCGGAUACACCAUCGCCGCCUCCAUAAGCAUGCUGGCGAUCAAGAGGGCGGAUUGCUUCCACGUGAAAGGGCACAAGAACGCGUGCCGCAGUUCCAGCAACCCCUACAUGAUCCUCUUCGGCAUCGUCGAGAUCGUCUUCUCGCAGAUACCGGACUUCGACCAGAUAUGGUGGCUCUCCAUCGUCGCCGCCGUCAUGUCCUUCACCUACUCCACGAUCGGCCUCUCACUCGGCAUCACGCAGACCGUCGCCAACGGGGGGUUCAAGGGCAGCCUCACCGGCAUCAGCAUCGGCGCCGGCGUGACGUCGACGCAGAAGGUCUGGCGCAGCCUGCAGGCCUUUGGCAACAUCGCAUUUGCCUACUCCUACUCCAUCAUUCUCAUCGAGAUCCAGGACACGGUCAAGGCGCCGCCACCGUCGGAGGCGAAGGUGAUGAAGAAGGCGACGAUGCUGAGCGUGGCGACGACGACGAUGUUCUACAUGCUGUGCGGGUGCAUGGGGUAUGCGGCGUUCGGCGACGCGGCCCCAGACAACCUCCUCACUGGCUUCGGCUUCUACGAGCCCUUCUGGCUCCUCGACAUCGCCAACGUCGCCAUCGUCGUCCACCUCGUCGGCGCGUACCAGGUCUUCUGCCAGCCCCUCUUCGCCUUCGUCGAGAAGUGGGCGGCGGCGACGUGGCCCGACAGCCGCUUCAUCGCCCGGGAGGUGCGGCUCGGCCCCUUCGCUCUCAGCGUCUUCCGGCUCACCUGGCGCACGGCGUUCGUCGUCCUCACCACCGUCGUCUCCAUGCUGCUCCCCUUCUUCGGCGACGUCGUGGGCCUCCUCGGCGCCGUCUCCUUCUGGCCACUCACCGUCUACUUCCCCGUUGAAAUGUACAUCGUGCAGCGUGGCGUGCCCAGGGGGAGCACGCGGUGGAUCUGCCUCCAGACGCUCAGCGCCGCGUGCCUUGUCGUGUCCAUCGCCGCCGCCGCAGGCUCCAUCGCCGACGUCAUCGACGCGCUCAAGGUGUACCGGCCGUUCAGCGGCUAGGGAGGACCGGAGGAGCGUGUGCCGUGCAUGCGCGUGUGUAAUGUACUACUAGUAGCUGGGGUAUUACACUGACGAUGGGUCCCGGGUGUAAGGAAAGGAAAGCUUGUGUGACAUUUUGUCAUGUAGCACCUUGUAGAUUCUUGUAUUGCUCACCGAAAGCUAUUUUUUUUUAAUAAAGGAAUAAGACUUAUUCCGGCC